GUCUAAUGGUUUUACCCAAUUACUGAACAGCCCUAGUUCGGACUUCAGAGGACUUUGUCCCAAAUAUCACAGCCCAUCUCUCUCUACCUUUAAAAACCCAAUCCUCGCAGCGUUUCUGAAACCCUAGAUUGGACUGCAUCACUUUGCAGAAGCGCAGCCAAGCACACAAGGAAUCUCCCUGUCGCAGAUCUCAUAACCUCGAGAUAAAACAAUGUCGGUUGGAGAGGUUGCUUGCACUUAUGCUGCUUUGAUUCUCUACGAUGAUGGUAUACCCAUCACUGCAGAGAAGAUUGCACAGUUGGUCAAAGCAGCUAAUGUAUCAGUUGAAUCUUACUGGCCAAGCUUGUUUGCCAAGCUAUUGGAGAAGCGCAACCUUGAGGACCUCAUCAUGAAUGUCGGGUCUGGCGGCGGUGCUGGUCCAGUGGCAGCUGCAGUUCCUGCUGCUGCUGGUGGUGCAGCUGCAGCUGCUGCUCCUCCACCUGAAGAAAAGAAGAAGGAAGAGCCUGAAGAAGAGAGUGAUGACGACAUGGGAUUCAGUUUAUUUGAUUAGGAGAGCUCUUUUCAGUAUGCUCAAGUCACAUGUUGGUCUUGGUAGCUCAAAAGUAGCUCUUUUUUUUCGUUGGAUAUUUUGGCUGUUUUUCAGUAUAAAUGCCUUUUUUUCAAGAAUGUAGUAAUUGGAGAGUGGUGUUUUAACAUCAUAUGCUUUAGCUUCUAGAUAUAUACAAGUAUUUGUUUCUUGUGUUUGAGUUUUGAACAGAUAUGUCUCCACUCUUAAAUUGUUCAAUGGACUCCAAAUUUUC